AUGUAUUUUUUCCUCGAACAGAAAGACAGAGAGCAUCUGACAACCAAAGCAAAUGGUGUGGUCCGUCGAAGUCCAACUCUGCUAUGCGCCUCAAACACACUAAAUCCCUCACUCUCUCAAACCCUAAUUUCCCAAUUGCGCUUUUUACUUCCAAAUACCUAAAUAUCAUACAAUUCAUUUCUUGUAAAUAUACCAUUUUUUCUUUGCUUUUCACCUUCCUCGAUUGCCUCGCUUAACCAUUUCCUUACGGACUCAGCAAAUUACAAGUUACAACUCUCUUGCAUCAAAAUUCAAUUUUGAGUUUCUGGGUUGUUAUGCUUUUAGUUUCUUAGUAAUGGCUCUCGAAUCUUGGGUUUUGGGUCACCGGAUUUUCAAUUCGGGUUCCAAAUUGUUGUAUCCUACUUAUGAGAAUCGAACAAAGAGAAUGCCAAUCAAGGUUUCAAAUUGCCCUUUUCCUAUUGUGUCCAACUGUGUUGGUCCUUUCACGUCUACAAGCUUCAAUCUUUCAAGUCAUGGAGAAAAUGUUAAGUUAUUUAGUGGAACUCGGUUGAAGGUGAAGUGUGUUGGUAGUGAUGGUGAUUGUUUGAGAGAGAAAAAUGCUGUUUCCAAUGCAAAUUUGAAGUUCAUAAAUGAAUUUUUGGUGAAGAGAGGAAUCAUUUUGGCUGCAACUGUUUGUGGAGUGUUGGUGUUUGGAUGUCCAAGAGUUUUGGCUAUUGAAGGUGUGGUGAAUGCUGGAUAUGGUGUUAUUGGACAGAGUAUACUUUUGCUUAAGAGUACUUGGCCUACUGUGUUGCAAAUUCUUCGUUUAUUUAAGGAGCAAGGGUUGUUGUUGGCUUUGCUUUUGGCUCUUUCGGCUUUUUUCUCUUUGGCUGAGACAUCAAUUACCACACUUUGGCCUUGGAAGGUUCGUGAGUUGGCUGAAAAAGAGUCCGAAAACGGCGUCUUCAGACUACUCCGAAGUGAUGUGACUCGAUUCCUCACAACCAUACUUAUUGGCACAACUGUGGUAAAUAUCGCGGCUACUGCUCUAGUCACAGAAGCUGCUACUGCAACAUUUGGUGAAGCUGGUGUUAGUGCAGCAACAGGAGUGAUGACUGUUGCCAUUUUGCUUCUCACUGAAAUCACUCCAAAAAGCAUUGCGGUUCAUAAUGCCACAGAGGUGGCUCGGUUUGUGGUCAGACCUGUGGCAUGGCUUUCUCUGAUAUUGUAUCCCGUAGGAAGAAUUGUUACUUAUCUUUCAAUGGGGAUGCUGAAAUUGCUUGGCUUAAAAGGAAGAAGCGAGCCAUAUGUAACUGAAGAGGAGCUAAAACUGAUGCUAAGGGGUGCAGAGUUAAGUGGGGCAAUAGAAGAGGAAGAGCAGGAUAUGAUUGAAAAUGUGUUGGAGAUAAAAGACACACAUGUCAGAGAGGUUAUGACACCGCUAGUUGACGUUGUUGCAAUUGAUGCUAGUUCAAGCCUUGUUGAUUUUCAUCACUUGUGGGUCACACAUCAAUACUCAAGGGUACCUGUUUUUGAGCAACGUGUUGAUAAUAUAAUGGGUAUAGCAUAUGCGAUGGAUCUGCUGGAUUAUGUUCAAAAGGGUGAUACUCUUGAAAGUACUACAGUUGGAGAUAUGGCUCACAAGCCUGCAUUUUUUGUACCUGAUUCAAUGUCUGUUUGGAAUCUUCUUAGAGAAUUUCGAAUCAGGAAAGUUCACAUGGCUGUCGUUCUAAAUGAGUAUGGUGGAACUAUUGGACUUGUAACUCUUGAAGAUGUUGUUGAAGAAAUUGUUGGUGAAAUCUUUGAUGAAAAUGAUUCAAAGGAGGAAAUACAAAAGAAAACUGGCUACAUUGUAAUGCGAGCCGAGGGUGUGUUUGACGUGGAUGCUAACACGUCCAUUGAUCAACUCUCUGAAGAUUUGAACAUCAAGAUGCCAGAGGGUCACCAAUAUGAGACGGUAUCUGGCUUUGUAUGUGAAGCCUUUGGAUACAUUCCGAGGACAGGUGAGAGCAUCAAGAUAGUAGUUGAAAGGGACGAUGAAGAUGAUGACAAUGACACCAAUGGUGACCACCAGGAGCCGAAAGAGAAGAAACAUAUUUUCAAACUUGAGAUUCUAGCAGGAAAUGCCAGAAAGGUGAGUGCUGUUCGGUUUGAAAGACUAAAUAAUGGCGCAGAAGCAGAAGUGUUGGAGACUAAAGAAGUAACUCGAAUGUUCCCAAAAAUUGUGAAAAGAAAAUGGAACAAUGGCGAGGACUCUGAGGAUGAUGGAGAAUAUGAUGGAUAUGCUUUUGGAAAGAGACCACAGGAAGACAUUUCUAAUGAAUAUGUAGUUGAUCAGGAAAAUUCUCAUAGAAAUUAUUAAGUUAUUUUCUUCAUUUUUUAUAUGUUUUUAUCUCUAGUUUGCAAGCUUUUGUGCCAUUUUUGUAUUAGAUGGAAAACUUGAGAUACGUGUACAAAAUGAGAGCCAAUGUUAAAAAAAAAAAAUGGGAACCAAUUAGUUAACAUGUAGAACCUUUGUAAGACAAAAUAGAGGGUUCUAUGCCAAAGAAAGUCUUUUUUAAGGCUUGACAAGUCCUAAUAAAGAUGGCAUAUUUUCUAUUAUCUAUCAUGAUACUUUCCUACAAGAAAUAAACAACAUGAACAUUUGGAUGAAGAAACUGUGUAAAAUGCACUUGUGUU